AGGCCAAUCAGCUGUCAGAGCUCAUGAUAAAUCGCAAUGCAUUAUUGAUAAUAAUAAUUACUGGGACAUGCGCGUUUCGGCCGAAGGGGUCUAAAAUUUCCCAACUCCAGGAAUUGGUGGCGGAGAGGGGGCAAGUCACCAGGGCUCUUCCCGGCGCCCCAAUGCGCGCACCAUGUCGAGGCGCAAGCAGGCGAAGCCCCAGCACAUCAACUGGGAGGAGGGCCAGGGCGAGCAGCCUCAGCAGCAACCGAGCCCGGACCUCGCCGAGGCGCCGGCGGCGGAGGAACCCGGUGCUCCAGUGAACUCCCCAGGGAACGGCGAUGAAGCCGCAGAGGACUCCACCGCCCCGGUGAAGCGGCCCCGGCGGGAGGACACUCACAUCUGCAACAAAUGCUGUGCCGAGUUCUUUAGUCUCUCUGAAUUCAUGGAACACAAGAAAAGUUGCACUAAAACCCCUCCUGUCCUCAUCAUGAGUGACAGUGAGGGGCCAGUGCCUUCAGAGGACUUUUCCAGAGCUGCCCUGAGCCACCAGCUGGGCAGCCCAAGCAAUAAAGACAGUCUCCAGGAGAACGGCAGCAGCUUGGGGGACUUGAAGAAGCUGGGCACGGACUCCAUCCUGUACUUGAAGACAGAGGCUACCCAGCCAUCCACAUCCCAGGACAUAAGCUAUUUACCCAAAGGCAAAGUAGCCAACACCAAUGUGACUCUGCAGGCGCUCCGCGGCACCAAGGUGGCAGUGAACCAGCGGGGUGCAGAGGCACCCAUGGCGCCCGUGCCCGCUGCCCAAGGCAUCCCUUGGGUCCUGGAGCAGAUCCUGUGCCUGCAGCAGCAGCAACUCCAACAGAUCCAGCUUACAGAACAGAUCCGCGUCCAGGUGAACAUGUGGGCAGCGCACGCGCUCCACUCCGGAGUGGCGGGGGCCGACACGCUGAAGGCCUUAAGCAGCCACGUGUCUCAGCAAGUGUCCGUGUCCCAGCAGGUGUCGGCUGCCGUGGCCCUGCUCAGCCAGAAAGCCUCAAACCCAGCUCUGUCGCUCGAUGCCUUGAAACAAGCCAAGCUACCUCAUGCCAGCGUCCCCUCCACAGCCAGCCCGUUGUCCUCAGGGUUAACGUCCUUCACCUUGAAGCCUGACGGGACACGGGUUCUCCCCAACUUCGUGUCUCGCCUUCCCAGUGCCCUGCUACCUCAGACUCCGGGCUCUGUGCUCCUGCAGAGUCCCUUCUCCGCUGUGACGCUCGACCAGUCCAAGAAAGGAAAAGGGAAACCCCAGAACCUCUCUGCCUCUGCCUCGGUGUUAGAUGUCAAGGCCAAGGACGAAGUCGUCCUCGGUAAGCACAAGUGUAGGUACUGUCCCAAGGUGUUCGGGACAGAUAGCUCCCUUCAGAUUCACCUUCGCUCCCACACUGGAGAGAGACCUUACGUGUGCCCUAUCUGUGGUCACCGCUUCACCACCAAGGGCAACCUCAAGGUCCACUUACAACGACACCCCGAGGUGAAGGCAAACCCCCAGCUGUUGGCCGAAUUCCAGGACAAAGGGGCAGUGAGUGCCGCUUCUCACUAUGCACUCCCUGUCCCCGUCCCUGCCGAUGAAUCGAGUCUCUCUGUAGACGCUGAGCCUGUCCCGGUCACGGGAACCCCUUCUAUAGGGCUACCUCAAAAGCUCACGUCAGGGCCUAAUCCCAGGGACCUCAUGGGUGGCUCCUUGCCCAAUGACAUGCAGCCAGGGCCUUCUCCAGAAAGUGAGGCGGGCCUUCCACUCCUUGGGGUGGGGAUGAUACAUAAUCCCCCAAAGGCUGGGGGCUUCCAGAGCACUGGGGCCCCAGAGUCAGGGUCUGAGACCCUGAAAUUGCAGCAACUAGUGGAGAACAUAGACAAGGCCACUACUGACCCCAACGAGUGUCUCAUUUGUCAUCGGGUCCUCAGCUGCCAGAGUUCCCUGAAGAUGCAUUACCGUACCCACACAGGGGAGAGACCGUUCCAGUGCAAGAUCUGUGGCCGGGCCUUCUCCACCAAAGGCAACCUGAAGACACACCUCGGGGUUCACCGAACCAACACGACCGUAAAGACCCAACAUUCGUGCCCCAUCUGCCAGAAGAAGUUCACCAACGCCGUCAUGUUACAGCAGCAUAUCCGGAUGCACAUGGGUGGCCAGAUCCCCAACACCCCUCUGCCAGAGAGUCCCUGUGACUUCACGGCUCCCGAGCCCGUGGCCGUCGGUGAGAAUGGCAGCGCCAGCGGUGUCUGCCAGGAUGAAGCAGCGGAAGGGAUGGAAGCCGAGGAGGUCUGUUCUCAGGAUGUUCCCGGUGGCCCAUCAACGGUCUCCCUGCCGGUUCCCAGUGCCCACCUGGCGUCGCCCUCUCUGGGCUUCUCUGUGUUGGCCCCCCUGGAUACACAGGCGAAAGGGCCUCUUCCCACGCUGGCCCUGCAGCGGCAGAGCAGUCGAGAAAACGGCUCCCUGGAGGGCGGUGACAGUGGCCCGGCCAAUGACUCUUCCUUGCUCGUGGGUGACCAGGAGUGUCAGAGCCGAAGCCCAGAUGCCACGGAGGCCAUGUGCUACCAGGCAGUGUCACCCGCCAAUAGCCAAGCUGGAAGUGUCAAGUCCCGGUCUCCCGAGGGUCACAAGGCCGAGGGCGUGGAGAGCUGCCGCAUUGACACCGAAGGUCGUACCAGCCUCCCUCCAACAUUUAUCCGAGCACAGCCCACCUUUGUCAAAGUUGAAGUACCUGGCACCUUUGUGGGACCCCCCAGCAUGCCCUCGGGUAUGCCGCCUUUGCUAGCAUCGCAGCCACAGCCACGCCGCCAGGCCAAGCAGCACUGCUGCACACGGUGUGGAAAGAACUUCUCGUCUGCCAGUGCCCUGCAGAUCCACGAGCGAACACACACGGGAGAGAAGCCUUUCGUGUGUAACAUAUGCGGGCGGGCCUUCACCACAAAAGGCAACCUGAAGGUACACUACAUGACUCACGGGGCCAACAAUAACUCCGCCCGCCGGGGAAGGAAGCUGGCCAUAGAGAACCCCAUGGCCGCCCUGAGUGCCGAGGGAAAGAGAGCGCCCGAGGUGUUUCCCAAGGAACUCCUGUCUCCCACGGUGAGUGUGGACCCUGCCUCGUGGAACCAGUACACCAGCGUCCUGAAUGGCGGUCUGGCCAUGAAGACCAACGAGAUCUCCGUGAUCCAGAGCGGAGGCAUCCCCACCCUGCCUGUGUCGCUGGGGGCCAGCUCUGUGGUGAGCAACAGCUCGAUUUCCAAGCUCGACGGCUCUCAGACCGGUGUGAGCAUGCCCAUGAGCGGGAACGGAGAAAAGCUCGCCGUGCCCGACGGCGUGGCCAAACACCAGUUCCCUCACUUCCUGGAGGAAAAUAAGAUUGCCGUCAGCUGAGGAGGAAGAGGAGUCUAGAAUCUGCUUUAUUCUUUAGUUUUUUUUUCUUAACCCACCUCCUUUUUUUUUUCCUUCCUCUUCCUGAUAUGCAAGUGAUGUGGCUUGUGACCAUAGCCUUGGGCAAUCCUACAAUCACGAGAGUUGCUAUGCUGCUUUCCAAAAAAAAAAGAUGAAAAACGGAGGAAAAGUGAAAAACAACAAAAACAAACCAAAAAAAAAAAAAUAAUAAAAAGCCAGACUUUUUUUUUUGUUUGUUUUGUUUUUAAACCAUUUUGGAAAGAAGCGGGUUUUGAAAAGUAGUUUUGUUAACUUGGGACAAAUUAUAUUCUAGAAGCUUUGUGUGACUUCACGGCUGUUUCCAAAGACUGUCAUCAACCUGUUUCGAAGUGAAACGGUUGGGACUCAUUGGACCACAGUGAAAGUGACAACUCCUAACCCAGUCCUGGGGUGAGGGUGCUGUGUCCUUCUGUGGUGACUAAUGCGGGUAAAUGUAGGGACCUGGUUUUAUGCCUCCCAACCCUGUCUUCAUCCUCUUUUUUUUUUUUAAUGUACUUUAAGAGAAAAGGAGAGAAGAAUGCCAGAAAACUAAGGUGGUUCAAUUAACCCACUUCCUUCAGCCUUAUGCCCUUGGAUAGGACAUCUUCCAUACACUGGCCAUGGUCCCUCGGAAAAUCCACAAUUUCUCCUGCUGCUUCCUUAAAUAUUUCAGAGCCCCUAGAGUAUGCCCCCAACCCCGCUACUCCAUCUCCCACAAACCACCUUCUCCCCAGGCCCCAGGGUGGGGACAGGCACCAGAGUGGGCACCUCAGGAGAUUUUCCGAGGUUGUCUUCAGUGCCCGCUACAUUGGAGAACUGCCUGUUUCCUAGUGGCACCAGGAGGGUCGCCUCCACUCCACGUGCAUGCUAUCUUUUCUGUUUAUUUCAGUUAUUCCAAGACCCAAAGACCUUCACUCCCACCCCACCCCCUGCCGUCAUGAAGGUUAUAGAGUUGAGACCAGCAAAUCUUGGAUGUGAGGGCUUUAAUUUAUCUACCUCAAUUAUCUUUAUUUUUGUAGCCAAAAGUCUCUCUAUUUUGCUAGUUUUGUGACCACCCAAGUAUUGCCAGGUCUUAAACCUAAGAGUUCUUAUACUGUUAAGAAGGCCCCGAAGCUCAAGAAGUCUUCGUGGUUGGUUCUGUGGGUUUUUUGUUUUUGUUUUUAAUUACAUUUUUGUUCGUGUAAUAAUUCUGAACAGCUGUUGUAACAGUGUUUUCGAUGGUUUAGUGAGGAAGGAGAGAUUUCUCCGGUCUCUGGGUAGAAAAUUCUGCCUGCCGUGUUGAAUGCCCUUGCCAAAUGAAGAUGGAGACUCUCACCCAGUGUCUCCUCUGAGUUGUUGCACCUGAUUUUAGGAUCCAAACCUUUUGUUUUGUUGUUACUUCUUUCUUUUUCUCUCUAUUUUUUUUUUCUUUUUUUCGCCAAGUCGUGCCUUUCCUUCUGGGAUUGUAAGUGAACCCCGUGAUCAAGGGUUCACCGGUUCACCUGUUUACACUGUGAAGUGGGUAUCUUACAGAAAACACACCAGCCUUGGUUUUCUCACGCCCCGUGAAUGAAUGUGUACGCCACAGUUUUACCUGCUGAUACUGUUACGUCUGAAAAUAAAGUGAAUGUUUUCCCUCCAU